AUGGUGGACUCCCCAGACAAUCCACCACUCGAUUUCCGCAGCCGCCGCUCGCCCACCAUCUGCACGCACGGCGUCGCCGCCGCCUCGCAGCCACUGGCGGCCGAGAUUGGGCUUCGCGUGCUCCGUUCGGGCGGCAACGCUGCGGACGCGUGCGUGGCGAUGGCUGCGGCGCUCAACUGUGUCGAGCCCUGCAUGACCGGGAUUGGCGGCGACGCGUUCUGCCUCUACUUUGACGCGGCGAGCGGAGAGGUGCACGGGCUCAACGGCAGCGGCCGAAGCCCGGCGGCGCUGGACCUGGCGACUGCACAGGCGUCCCUCGACACGCCUGGCCGCAUCGCCCUCGACCCCUCCUCGCCGCACUGCGUCACUGUCCCGGGCGCCGCGGCCGCGUGGUGCGACGCCAUCGAGCGCUUUGGAUCGAUGCCUCUGGCCACUGUCCUGCAGCCCGCCAUCGACCUUGCCGAGGAGGGCUUCCCGGUGAAUGUCGUCGCGGCGACUCAGUGGGCGGCACAAGAGGCGCAGCUCACGCGGUGGGGAGCGUCGAACCCCGGGGCGAGUGCGCUCCUGCGGGACGGCAAGGCGCCAAAGGCCGGCGAGCUGAUGCGCAUGCCCGAGCUCGCCAGUACCUUUCGCGCCCUCGCCGAGCGUGGGAAGGCUGGCUUCUACUCGGGCCGCGUCGCCUCGGCCGUGUGCGAGGUGCUGCAGGCGCACGGCGGGCUGAUGACCGAGGCCGACCUCGCCGCCCACCGCAGCACCUUCGACUCGCCCGUCUGCGUCGACUUCCGUGGCGUCAAGGUGUGGGAGAUGCCGCCGAGCGGCCAGGGCCUCGUCGCGCUCCUCGCUCUGCGCACGCUCUCGCGGCUGCCUCAGCUCGACUCGCUGCCGCACAACUCGGCAGAGUACCUGCACCUCGUCGCCGAGGCCCUCCGCCUCGCCUUCGCCGACGGAGCCGCCUGCAUCGGAGACGGCGGAGGCGAGGCCGGUGCGGCGGAGGAGAUCGCCCGCUUGCUGAGCGACGACUACUCGGCGGCCCGCGCCUCGCUAGUCGACAGCGAGCGGGCGGCGGAGCACUUGCCGGCGGCGGCGGCGGCGCUGGCCAGCACGGGCACCGACACGGUCUACAUGACCGCGGUGGACGGGCAGGGCAACGCCUGCUCCUUCAUCAACUCCAACUUCAUGGGGUUUGGCUCCGGGCUCGUGCCGCGCGGGUGCGGCUUCUCGCUGCAGAACCGGGGCGCAAACUUCCUCCUCACCGAGGGCCACCCGAACAGCGUCGAGCCGGGCAAGCGGCCGUACCACACCAUCAUCCCUGGCAUGGCGACCGUUGGCCGCGAGCUCUUCGCCUCGUUCGGAGUGAUGGGCGGCUUCAUGCAGCCGCAGGGGCACGUGCAGGCGCGGCGCGCCGCGCUCGACGCGCCGCGCUUGUGCGUGGAGGCCACGGGCGGGGCGGUCGGCCUGCAGGAGCCCGCCUCCCGCCACAGCUCGGGCGUCGUCCUUCUGCUCGAGGACGGCAUCCCGGACGAGGUGGCCGAGGAGCUGCGCCGCAAGGGGCACGCCGUGCGCGGGCCGGUGUGCGGCGAGGGGCGGCUUGUCUUUGGCAAGGGGCAGGUCAUCCAGCGGCGAGCCGUGCCCUCCCCGCCCGGCGCUGAGGGACCGCGCGCUGUCCUCUGGGCCGGAUCGGACGGACGAGCGGACGGAGCGGCCUUGGGAUGGUAA